UAGUAGAGAGGAUCUUUUGACAUGACUCUUACGCCAUGGCUAUUAUUCUUUCUCCUCCUCGCCUUCUUCUUGAAUCCCUCCGUCGCCUCUUCUUCAUCUACGAGCCGUUACAUUAUUCAAGUGAAAGAGCCGAUUGAGUCACUGACGACGGAAGGGAGCCUGAAGAGGUGGCACGAAUCUUUCCUGCCACCAGCCGUCGAGGCGUCUGGCGUCGAUCGGCGGCUGCUGCACUCUUACAGCGACGUAUUCAGCGGAUUCGCGGCCUUGCUGACGGAGGAAGAGUUGCAGGCGAUGGGGAAGAAGAGUGGCUUCGUCCGCGCGUUCCCGGACCGGGUGCUGCGCCUGAUGACCACCCACACGCCGGAUUUCCUUGGGCUCAAGGUCGGGAGUAAAGGGUUGUGGAAUGACUCGAAGCUCGGGAGUGGAGUCAUCAUCGGAGUCCUCGACACUGGCGUGACUCCCGGACACCCUUCCUACGACGACGAGGGUGUCCCGCCUCCGCCCUCGACGUGGAAGGGCUCGUGCGAGCUCGAGACCGGUUGCAACAACAAGCUCAUCGGCGCCAGGUCGAUGAUCGCCGGUCGGGGUGGGAGUCCUCCCGUCGACGAGAACGGCCAUGGGACCCACACUUCCGCCACCGCCGCUGGUAAUUUCAUCCGCAACGCGAGCUACUUUGGCUUUGCCAAAGGCACAGCCGCUGGGAUGGCCCCUCGGGCUCACCUCGCCAUCUACCAGGUCUGCCCUCUCUCAGACUGCAGUUCUGCCGACAUCCUCGCUGGGUUGGAUGCAGCUGUAAAGGACGGUGUUGACAUCCUCUCUAUCUCGAUGGGCGCAGGUUCCAUGCCUCUCGACCAGGAUCCCAUUGCCAUCGGCUCGUUCGUGGCAGCCAGUAAGGGGAUCUUCGUCAGUUGCUCCGCCGGAAACUUUGGACCAAACAACUUCACCCUCAACAAUGAGGCGCCGUGGAUGCUCACUGUGGCGGCAAGCAGCAUCGAUCGAAGGUUCAGGGCCUCUGUGAAGCUUCCCAGUGGGAAGGUGAUCCUCGGAGAGUCUCUCGACCAGCCUAGCAACUUUCCAGAAAGCUCUCUUCCCCUGUACUACUCCACUGAGUCGCCGACCUGCGACAUGGAUCCUCUCGAUGAUAGCCACAGGGGCAGUGUCUGGGUUUGCGAGGCCGGUGGUAGCCGUGAUGUGGUGGCGUCCGCCAAGUCCCAUGGCGCCAAGGCGUUGAUCUUCAUUUCCCCGAAGAUAAUAGGCGCCAACGUCAUGCUAAGCAAGAUGGACUUUCCCAGAGUAGUGCUCACCAACAAAGAAGGCUCCGACCUCAUAUCGUAUUUGAUCUCUGCUUCUGACCCCUCUGCGUCGAUCGUCUUCAACGGGACGGUUUUCGACGUAUCCUCCACCCCUGCCGUGCCUUGGUUCUCCUCCCGGGGGCCAUCUCAAGCAACGCCGGGAAUUCUCAAACCAGACAUCUCUGGCCCUGGCCUUAACAUCUUAGCGGCCUGGAUUCCUUCCGGUGACACUCCGAAGUACAUGAUUGCAUCCGGCACAUCCGUGGCGACGCCUCACCUCAGCGGUGUCGCCGCGCUCUUAAAGGCUACACAUCCUACUUAGUCGCCUGCAGCUAUUAGGUCGGCGAUCAUCACCACGGCAGACGUCGACGUCUCUGACGAGUUACUUGAUCCGGCACUCUAUUUCGCCAAGGGCGCAGGAAACGUCAACCCUAACAAAGCUGUCAAUCCCGGACUUAUUUACGACAUCACUGACGAUGACUACGUCUCCUACAUCUGCGGCAAAUUCGGUGAAGAAGGCGUAAGAAAUAUAGCGCGUAGAGUUGUGAACUGCUCGAAGAGCAUGACGGAAGAGGAGCUCAACUACCCGUCGAUUAUGCUGACCCCCAAAGGCCGGGCGGCGGCCAAAGUGACCCGGACGGUCACGAAUGUCGGACCGGCGAGAUCGAGCUACAAGGUGUCUGUGACCAUAUUGAAGACUGCUGUGUCAGCUAUUGUCACCCCCAAGACACUGACAUUCAAUGAGCCGAACGAGCAGAAGUCGUUCACCGUGAGCACGAAAUGGAGCUCCGGCGGAUCUCCCACUUCCGACAAUCAAUUCGUGGAGGGAAAGUUGACUUGGACCUCCGAUGAUGGUAAGUAUGUGGUGACGAGCCCAUUUAUUGUCUUCGCCCUGGAAAAGACAGAAAAGGGGACCUUACCAAAUAAAGAAUGAGAUAGUGUAGGAGAGAUGAUGGAAGGGAAGAGAACAUAAGAAUAUUAUGGUUGAAUUUAAUCCUUUUUAGAUGAACUUUUGCUUAUAGCAAAAGAUGAAAUGUGAUCCGGUAACGUAGAGGGAUCCUAUUAAACAUAGGUCAAAGUAAGAAAGAGUAGAGUCAAGUGAGGUGUCCAAGGCGGCUGAGCUGGCCAGGUUUGACA